CGUGUUUGGCAAAACAAGUCACAAACCAGACCAUCCCACUCCGAUGAGAACAAGAAGAAACUAUACAUCAAAUACAUCAAAAGCAGUUGAGAGCAAAGAUAUAAACACAAAAAUAAGCUGCAAAUCAACAACCCCAGAUCAAGAAAAUGGCAGAAGACUUAGUGUUGGACACAGCAAUAAGAGACUGGGUACUUAUACCAUUAUCAGUUGUUAUGGUACUCAUUGGUGUUCUUAGAUACUUUGUUUCCAAGCUCAUGCGUUCUUCUCAAACCCCUGAUCUCAAAAUUGUCAAAGAAGGGCAAGUUAUAGUGAGAGCUAGGAAUUUGAGGGCUGCUGCUAAUUUUAUUCCUCUCAAGGCUUUUCGGGCUCGAAAAGCUUAUUUCACCAAUGAGGAAAAUGGAUUACUUCACGUUCCUAAGGGCCAGGCUGCUUCAAAUCCACAGGCUCAAAUGUUCUCUGAUCCCAACAUGGCGAUGGAUAUGAUGAAGAAAAACCUCUCUAUGAUCAUCCCCCAGACUCUCACUUUUGCAUGGGUUAACUUCUUUUUCUCCGGAUUCGUAGCAGCAAAGAUACCUUUUCCACUGACUCAGAGGUUCAGGUCAAUGCUUCAGAAUGGAAUUGAUUUAAGUACAGUGGAUGUUAGCUAUGUCAGCAGUCGAUCAUGGUACUUUCUCAAUUUAUUUGGAUUAAGAGGCUUAUUUAGUCUUAUCCUAGGAGAAGAAAAUGCUACUGAUGACACACAACGCAUGAUGCAGAUGAGUGGAUUUGGCUUUGACCCUUCGAAGAGUUUGGGUGCUGAGAAAGAUGGGCUUGACAUAAUUCAGCACGACUGGGCAAUGCCAAAGUUUGAGCAGCGAGCUGAGGCUGUACUCAGGAAGCUAGUUAGCUGAAGUGGCACCGUAGAACCUUAUGUGACUAAUGCACUGUAUCCUUUUUGAGUGCGGUUUUGCUUUUAUAGUAAAGUCAGAAAGACUGCAUCACAAUUGUGAUGGUCAAAAUAUCGAUACCUGUCUAUAACCUUAUUCAGAUAAAAUAUUUUUCAAAUUCUGGAUGUGUAAUAACAUUGUGAUUCAAAGGCGUAAUUAUUUUGAUAUUUCAUUUUUAAUGA